AUGGAUUGGGAAAAGUAUAUGCCGAUUGGCAAGGAACUUGGCUUGUUGGGUAAUGAAUUGAAAGAGUGGAUUGAGGAGCAGCAGAAGAAAGAGCGUGACAGACGUGCUGAGGAUAGGGACGCGUCGCGAAUAGUGCAUGAACAGGAGAUUGCUCGUCUGACGACGGAACAAAGUCUGCUGGAGGCUAAGUGUCGUCUUGCUGAGCGCACGGCUGGGACGGUUGGAACCGGCGGAGAGCGCGUGGAAGCCAGCAGCGAAGCGUUCAGGAGCCCCCACAAGCUUAUUCCUCCCUACAAUGAGGGCCGCGACGAACUCGACGCGUACAUUCAGCGCUUCGUGCGGGUAGCCACCAGCCAGGGAUGGCCAAGUGACAGGUGGGCGCUCUCAUUAAGCUUAUGCCUCUCAGGAGAAGCUUUGAGUAUUGUCGGUCGUAUGGCUGCCGAGGAUGCAACAGACUACGAGAAGCUGAAGCAAACGUUGCUGCAAAGGUUUCGUUACACCGAAGAAGGAUAUCGGCAAAAGUUUCGCGAGGCUAAGCCGGAGAAUUCCGAGACAGGGCGACAAUUUGCUGGUCGGCUGCUCGGUUACUUCGAUCAUGGGCAGCAGAUGGCAAAAACAGAUAAAACGUAUGACGCAUUGAGAGAUAUCAUUGAAUCCGAACAGUUUUUGCUGCGAUGCGAUGAGAAACUCGCCAUCUUCUUGAAAGAGCGAGGAUGCCGAACGCUCGAUCAGCUAGCCGAAACAGCUGACCAUUAUCUGGAAGCGCAAGGGCUGACAAAUAUCGCGAAUGGGAAGCAGGAAAGACCAAGUGAAAAAGCAGACUCGCCGAGCAAGAGCCGAGAAAAAGAGGCCGGAGAAGCAAAAGUGCAAUGCUUUUUAUGUGGCAAGCAAGGUCAUCGCGCUGCAGACUGUUGGACGUGGUCAAAAGGGCCGAAGCCCUCGUCUUGCUGGAAGUGCAGGAAGCACGGCCAUCAAGCUGACGAGUGUCCAAAUGCAAAGAGCCGCAACAAGGAGGCGUCAAGUGCUGUUGCCGACUAUGACCGUGCGCCUGUUGUCCGAAACAAGGAGAACUUGGAUUCUACCCCGUCAUCAGCAGAGGAAAAUAAACCAUCGGAAAAGGUGGAUAUUUUUCUUGGUCUGCUGAGACAAGAGAUGCCAACGGCAAUCGGAUAUCUCGAUGGGAAGCCUGUGACGGUGCUAAGAGACUCGGGCUGCAAUACACUGCUUGAUGCAGGAAUUGUUCUGAUCCUCGUGGCCGCUUUCCUGCUGCUGCAAAGCGGUCUGGAGCCGGCGACAGCAUUGAACAACCAUCCAAGCACGCCCGGGCAGUACCUGACCGAGCAGGCGUCCAUGCCCUACCAGUUCUCGUACUUCGCCGGCGGACACGACGGCAGCCACUCGCGCCACGAGACGCGGGACGCCAACGGCCGCGUCUCGGGACACUACACGCUGGCCACGGACGAAGGGUCGCAGCGGGUCGUCUGCUACGUGGCCGACGAGCACGGCUUCCGGGCCUGGGUCGACACCAACGAGCAGGGCACCGACAACCAGGACCCUGCCGACGUAAGCGUCCGCUCCACGGCGCCCGGCACGGCGGGAGUACCUCGCGGACCAAUCAAGGGUGUCUGCGGCAGCCCGCCACCACCGGCGGGUCCUCCGGCCCAGACCCAGAUCCUGGUGACGUCGCCGCCCGUCGUCAUACCACCACCAGCGCGCAGGCCGGCUUACGUGCCGCCGCCGACUGUGCAUCACGAGGAGGUCAUCGUGCCGCCUCCAGUUGUCAAGGUGUACCCUCCUCCUGUGCAGCAGGUCGUGGUGACGCCGCCAGUGCGUAAGGUCGCCUACGUGACGCCCGAACCCCCGACGUACGUGGAACCGCCCCCCGUGCGAACCUACGUGCGCAAGGUUGUCGUCAAGAAGCCCAUCAACAGCUACCACGUGCCUCCACCGGAACCGGCAAAGACCUACUAUGUUCCACCCCCACAGCCUGCCAAGACCUACUACGUCCCUCCACCGGAACCGGUCAAGACCUAUUACGUUCCGCCACCAUCCCCACCAAAGACCUACUACGUCCCAUCCCAGCCCGUGGUUGUGGAGCCUCCCCGUCGUCGCCCCCCUCCGACCCGGCGCCUGUCGUACCAGCCAGCACGGGAAGAAGUGCUGCCCCCUGCGCGGCCGACGUACUACGACACUCCGCCAACGCCGCCGCGGCCCGUACAAGAGGUGUACGUGCCUUCGAGACCAGUGCACCGCGGUUCUUCGUGCUCGGGAUACUGCGGACCCAAGGUGACGGCGCGCGUCGUGUCGCGGCCGGAGCCUCCAUCGUACGUCAACACGCGCCAGGACGUCAGCUACUCGGUCAGGAGGGGACCCUACAUUGCGCCAAGGUACGAGCCGUGGACGCAGUCGUCGUACAAGACGUACCGUGCGUACAACGAGCCGUCCGAGCCGUGGCGUCCCAAGGGUGACAUCCCCAUCGGCGUCUCGUACAAGAUGAGCAUCUCCCGGGGUCCCGGAGGUCCCUACCCGUGGCAGGACGAAGUGGUCAGCCGGCCCGGACCCUACUACCGGCACGCGCAGCCGUCGACGCCGCCCUCGGGACAGCACUAUUACAGGCCCGCUGAAUCUGCGCCCGAGCCUGUCUACCCAUCACGCUCCCAGGGAGGCUACGCCAAGAACGACCUGCAAGACGACGACGACGACACGUACGACUUCAAGAGGCCCAGCUACGGCUAAGCGCACCUAGGACACCCGCGGGCCCGACUGAAGACUCAAAUGGCAGGAUCUCUGGCGAUCAAGGCAGCUACACCUACACUACGCGUCUUCUCUAUUUCAACAGCUUUGUUAAUAAAAGAAAGAAAUGCUUCUACGGCAAUGGACCGCCA